ACAGCCCAAACAAUUUCUCAUCAGUAAUGUUUCGGGUCUUAUCGAUGAAGAUGGCCGAAUGAAGAGUUUAUGCGAGGGUUUUAGGAGUUGAAAAGGGAUUUUACAGUCGCCGGAGAAGAAACAGUAAAUUAGAAAUGGGGAGGAGAAUAUUGAACGACGCGUUGAGGACGAUUGUGAAUGCAGAAAAGAGAGGAUUUGCUUCUGCUGAGCUACAACCCGUCUCCAAUGUUAUUGCUAAUUUCCUCCAAAUCAUGAAAUAUCGAGGUUAUAUUAAAGACUUUCAAGUACACGAUCCUCAUAGAGUUGGUAAGAUAUCUGUUCAAUUGCUUGGAAGGAUCAAUGAUUGUCGAGCUCUCACCUAUAGACAGGAUAUCAAGGCUGCAACCAUUGAGAAUUAUAAAACACGUGCGCUUCCUACACGUCAGUGGGGAUAUGUUGUAAUUACAACACCAAAUGGAGUUUUGGAUCAUGAAGAAGCUCAGCGGCAAAAUGUGGGGGGACAAGUUCUUGGCUACUUUUAUUGAACAACUUCAGACACGAUUCAAAGUUGGCAUGUCAUCUGUUUUGUACAUUGUGAUUUGCCCACUGAGAAGGAAGUAGCAAACGUACAAAGCAGCCUUGCCUUUCCAAAGGCCCUAAAUGAAAGUAGAUUGUUCUUUCUAUGGCCAAUAGGGAAUAAAAAACAUGAGAUUUCCUAUUAAAUUUCUCUAUUUGCUUGUCUUUAGCUAUACUUCUGAGCUAUCAAUGAUAUUUUGGUUUGGGGACUUUUGAGUCAAAA